AUAUUCAUGAGCUUUUUUUUAUCGCGACGAAACUAAGUAGCGCGUCUCAUGGAGAACAGCGAGCUCAUGAUCCUACAGAAAGCACAUGACGAGUUCAACAGUAAGAAUUAUAAACGAGCAGAGGAAUUAUACACACAAUUAAUCGAGUCUUGCACCAAAUCCAGAGACUGCAGUGCUCAUGAUUUGGCCAUCGCCUAUAAUAACCGAGGGCAGGUCAAGUAUCUGAGGGUGGAUUUCUAUGAAGCCAUGGAUGACUAUACCUCUGCCAUACAGAUCAACAGCCAGUUUGAAGUGCCACUGUAUAACAGAGGAUUGAUACGUUACAGAUUGGGUAGAUACAGAGUUGAACCAUUACACGGGGGCUUAAGUUGCUAUAGAUCAAAUUUGUAACUGUUUUCUUCAUGCAUCACCUCAGUGCUUGUGAACAAUUCCCAUAACCCUUCUUAAGAUGAACUGAGAUGGUUUUGGGCACUGGUUAGGCUGGAGACCAGCUUAAACC